UCAGAGACGAGAAUGGCGGCAGCCAACCAAGUUUCCUAAUCGGAAUACAGAAGAAAAACCUAACCCUAAUCCUAAUUCAAUUCCAACUCCAAAAUCACAAACUACUUCAAAUUCUGCUUACUCUGAUACAUUGGGACUGUUCGAUGCUAAAGAGAAGGUUACCAGGAAACCAUAAUAAGUUUUCUUACUUCUUCCGUUAUUACUUCUUCUAAGCCUGAAACUCAACAUACUCAACUCACUCCAUUGCUUCUGGGUUCCUAAGUUGGUUGGGUUUCUUUGCGGUAAACAUGAGUAAUUCCAAGGUAUUUAUUUUUGGCUCUUUUAGUGAAGAUGAGACUAAGUCCUUGAUGCAGACUCAGCCAUCUAAGAAUAAGAAGGCUGAAAAGGAUGUGGAGAAGAAAGUAUUCCAAUUUGGAUCUGUAGAUUUUGUCCCUGAAAAUACUUCUGGUGGUUUCAAUGGCACAUCAAGUACUACUGAUAAACAUCCUUCUAAAGGAACAAUACAAUGUGAGCCAUUGGAUUUGAAACUUGGGAAAGCAGCAGGUGGCAUUGAUAGUCUACCAAGAAACAAACCAACUCCAACUGAGAAUGGACGUGCUCUUGAUGUUGUUAACCAUAGUUCCCUUCAUAGUAAUGGAGUAAAAGAUGUGAAAACGAACAACUAUGUUGGAACUUCUACACUUAAGUUGGAGAAUGCAGAUGGAUUUACAAAUGAAUUUUCGUGUUUGAAUUUGAACAAUGGAGUGCCGAAUGGUAGUGUGUCAAAAUUUUCAGUACCUUUGGCCAAGGGAGAACCUAAGAAGGCUGCCAAUGGACAACUUAUUGCUGCUAAAAUCUUACUGUGCCGGGGAUUAGUCAAUUUAGGAAACUUAUGUUUUCUCAAUGCAACUGUGCAAGCUCUCUUGUCUUGUUCCCCUUUUGUGCAGCUUCUGGAGGAAUUAAGACAUUGCAACAUCUCCAAGGUUGACUACCCAACCUUGACUGCGUUUACUGAAUUUGUCGCUGAAUUUGAUAUGCCGAUUUGUUCAAACACAAAGAAGAAAGAUACCGAUGUUAUUGUUGGUAGGCCCUUUAAGCCUGCCAUGUUUGAAGAAGUACUAAAGAACUUCACUCCAGAUAUUCCAAGUGGCAUAUCAGGCAGGCCAAGACAGGAAGAUGCUCAGGAGUUUCUGAGCUUUGUGAUGGACCGAAUGCAUGAUGAACUGCUUAAGCUUGAAGGACAAUCCUCUGCUGGGAGCAAGUCUUCUCUUGUGUCGUCUGUAGAAGAUGAUGAAUGGGAGACAGUUGGUCCAAAGAACAGGUCUGCAGUGACAAGAACGCAGAGCUUUGUUCCUUCAAAACUGAGUGAUAUAUUUGGAGGAGAAUUGAAAAGUGUCGUGAAGGCAAAAGGAAAUAGGGCCUCUGCUACUGUGCAGCCGUUUUUACUACUCCAUCUAGACAUUCACCCUGAAGCUGUAAAUACCAUUGAGGAUGCAUUAAAACUGUUCUCUGCACCAGAAACUCUCGAGGGUUAUCGAGCAUCGACAGCUGGGAAGGGUGGUGUUGUGACUGCUAGUAAAUCAACCAAAAUCCAAUCGCUCUCGAAAAUAUUGAUACUGCACCUGAUGCGAUUCGGUUAUGGAAGCCAAGGAAGCACCAAGUUACUCAAGCCUGUGCGCUUUCCUCUCGAGCUGGUAUUAGGCCGUGAACUGCUUGUUUCUUCAACAUCUACAGAGGGCCGAAAAUACGAGCUUGUUGCUACAAUAACUCACCAUGGAAGAGAGCCAUCAAAAGGGCAUUACACAGCCGAUGCAUGCCAUGGUAGUGGCCAGUGGCUGAGGUUUGAUGAUGCAUCUGUUACAACCAUUGGCACAAGUAAGGUGUUACACGAUCAAGCUUAUGUUCUUGUCUACAAACAGUUAUAGAAAAAGGUUACAGUGGAGUUUUGUCAUUAACUUCCCUCUAAGAGGGGCUUUUGUCCCAUUCAUGUAUUUAUGGAGAAGAAGAAUAUGUUAAACACUAAUUAAAUAGAAGCCAAAAUUUUGGCUAUAGUGAAUGGCGUUUAACUGUUCUUGAGUGCCAACGGUUUUGUAACUUUUGUAAUAUAAAUUGUUGAUCUGUUAAUUAAGUUUAUGAAUACUUUCUUUUU